CUACACUACUAGACAGAUAAUUUCAUACUAUUGUGACUGGGAGGAGGACCCCUUCCAUGCCUCCAUUCAAGCAGAAAACCAAACAGUGCUAGUAAAGACACAAGCUUUGGUGAAAAUAACAAUGAUUCCCCUGUUACCCAUCAUCAAGCACAAGAAAUCGUCAACUGGGAUUGGAACAGUUGUGGGAGAAACUCAUUAACGUGCGCAUGCAGAGGCAGAGAAAGAACACCCAUCUUCAUGAAUGGAAGUGUCAUUUAUUUUUGAGGGGUAGCUAUAUAUGAACAGGGUUUUUUCUAGUGAUAAUAAUGGUGGCAAGGGAAUUUGGGGGUGGUGUUUGAUGGGUCGUAUUCAAAGAUUGCUGGACGAAAGAGAUUUUUGGUUCCCUCCCUGCAACCUUUUGUCACUGUCUCUGUGUCUGGAAGGGAAAGAGACAGAGAAUGGAUGGAGAAGGAGCUCCAUUUGGGGGACCAUUGUUGUCAAAAUACAGAGAGUGAGUCACAUGAUAGGAGGAGCCCCUUGAAUUCACAUGUCCCAUCGUCUCUUCCAUUAAUCUCCUUUCUCUUCUUCCAGUGUUGCUACAUGUCCUCUGGUUUUGUUCAUUUGGGCUCUUAACUUUGUCUCUAGAGCUUUGGUGCAUAGACUGUAGAAAAUGCUACUAUGUUCAUGCAAGGUUUAACUAACUGGGAAUGUGUAACAAUGGCACCAUACUCAGAAAGGAAGAUUUCAACUUGAAAUUGUUUUCAACUGCAAUAUCAUUUUGGACCUUAGUUGAUUUAGCGUACCUGAAUGGUUGCAGAUUAGUAUGAUAUCGUGACUUGAAGCGAAACGAAUUUGACUUUAUGUGGUUUAAAGGGCUGCUUCAUGCUUAACUUCUUCUGCUCUGGGUUUUAUAUUCUUAAAGUUUAAAAUCGGUUUUAAAUAUUAUGCUUAAACUUGUCCAGGCUCUUCAUAUCUAAUUUGGAAUAAGAAUAUUAUUAUGAAUUUUUAUAUUUAUGUUUAUGGCUUGUAUAGUUUAUUAGUUUUCGGCAAGAAUGAUAGUGAUUAUUAUCGUACUUCCUUAAACACAUUUCUCCCUAAUGUUAAUCUUUUGGGAGCAAAUUGCAAAUUUGGUAAUAUAAAGUUUUGCGUUUUGUCACUAAAAAUAUUUUAUUUCAUUCGUGGUCAUUAACCCCAGUUUAAUAUUUCAAAUUUGGUCACUUUCUCUUACCUUUCAUUAAUAGCGUUAGUUUUUUUUUUUUUUUUGCUUAUGCGGCUAACAGAAAUAUCCAAUCGCCCUAUUUUAACCCGAAAAAAUAUAUAUACGACCUGUCACGUCACUAAAACCCGUGAUUAUUAUUUGUCUUUAUGUGUAGCUUCAAUAGUGUGUUUCUGACAUCUUACUAAUCAAAUUUUCAUUAUCCUCUUUCUCUUUGGAUUUCCAUUUAAUUCUCAGGGAGGAUCUAAUAUGAAUUUGAACCAAAUUGGAAUAUGUCAAUUUUUGGGCUAUUGAGGUGCGCAAAUCCAAAACAAAUCGAUAAAGCCCGUCGUAGAUGGGCUUAUACCGGCCCACAACAGUGGAAAACUCAACGGGCCGUGCUCCAACCUGAGCUUUGUCAAAAGUUGUUUCAGGCGGACUAGUCGGAGCCCCGAAGUUUCCUUCUUCCACCCCCGAUUUCCUUCCACGCCGAGACUCCGAGAGAGGCCAUCCAUCAACCACGCGCCGGAAUCUCGUCGCAGACGAAACCAUGCUCAGCAUUCUCGCUCAGGAGCGCCUGCUCGGAUUCGCAUUAGGCGGGGCUUUCACCGGUUUCGUGGUGUUUGAGCAGCGGAGGCGAAUCCACGACUCAAUUUCAGCCUACCAAUCUCCAUCCGAUGCCGAGAAACAGAUGAAGGAGCCGAUUCUGGGGAAGCAAUUCCGUUCCGAGUCUGCCCUCCUAUGGAACAAAGCCGUGGACCAGGCAUUCGGUCCGCUCGUUUCCGCCCUUAGUUCCCACAGAGAGUAAAAUUGUUGAACAAGUUUGCGAUAUGGUAUUCUAUACAUCAUUUUUGGCAACUCUUAUGAUACACUCUAAGAACAUGCGUGCAAUUUUUGUCUCCUGAAAAUCCUCAUUUUAUCAUGGGUGUGGAUCCUGUACCACUCAAAAACUUAACUUGCUUGCUUGUUACUCUGUAUACGUGGCUGAAUCGAUGACUUUGAUGAUGUUGAUAUAUGGCCUCUGCCUCCCUGGAAAUCCCGUGAAUGAAAAGGAAAGCUACAAAACUAAAGGGGACAAUGUGUUUUUUAGUUAGAAUGUUUACAGCCCAUAACCGUUGGUAAUAAGAAGAUAAGAAGUGCUCUGUCGUGAAGCUACAGAUUUGUUGCCAACGAAGCUAUCCCAAAAUUCAGACCUUAUGUAGUGAAGUUUAGAAGUUAGAACCCAUCAGGCCAUGACUUCCUUUUGUUCCCGUUUCUUUGGAUAUAUCUUCUUGCUAGUUGCCACUGUAGUCUUGGUGACCGUUUGGUGAAGGCAACUGAAAAUUUUGAAGCUGGUUUUUAUGCCCUUCAUGCACGCUUGAGUUGAAUUGGUUUGAGUAUUGCACUUAAAAAGAGUGAUAUAGCUUUGCUCGUACGGGGUUGGAAUGUUAGAAUCAUCACUCGUGUCUACUGUUAAAGCAAAUUACACGGAGGAUUUCUCACAAAUAAGGGACACAUUCUUUAGUUACUAUCGGUAACGAAUAGGGUUUAUUAUAUCAAAUUAACGAUUUUGCUCGGU